CUGCUGGCUGUGACCAUGACUGGAUGCUUCCUGUGGCAGUAUCAUCUCCCCAAGCUGCCGGCCGGGUCCCCGGCUCUGGAGGUGACCUCUGUCCCCAUGAGGAUGUGUCCCCGGCAUCCUGAGCCCGUGCCUUUGGCCCACCCACUCCCUGUGCUGAAGGAGGCACUGGAGAAGGUGGACGGGAUCCUGCGCCAGGCAAUGGUUGCCCCAGGCCUGGCGGCCAUGUCUGCCGUGGUCAUCCACAAUGACACCGUACUCUGGACUGGGAACUUUGGGAAGAAGAAUGGCUCAGAUCCCACUUCUGGGACCCCCAACGAGUACACCAUGUACCGGAUAUCCAGCAUCUCCAAGAUCUUCCCAGUCCUCAUGCUGUACCGCCUGUGGGAGCAGGGCACCGUGGCCUCCCUGGAUGAUCCCCUGGAACGCUAUGCCAGCACCUUUACCAUUAACAACCCAUGGGACAUGGCAUCAGCAGCCAAGCAGUAUGGCCUGGUGGGUGGGCUGGACGAGGUGGGCCCAGCCCCAAGGCCUUCACCUGUCACCCUCCGGAGGAUGGCCAGUCAGCUGUCAGGACUGCCCAGGAGGCUGCGCGCCACCUCGCUGCUGUGGCAGGGUAGCACUCAGGAGGCUCUGAACAUGCUCAAGGACGACGUGCUGGUGGUGGACCCCGGAACCAGGUGCCAUUACAGCACGCUGGCCUUCUCGCUCUUGGCGCACGUCCUGGCAGCUCACACCCCCCAGGGGGACUACCAGCGCUGGCUCUCGGAGAACAUACUGGAGCCGUUGGGGCUGGUGGACACGGGCUUCGACUUCACACCCCGUGUCCGUGCCCGCCUGGCCGCUGGCUUUUACGGCAGUGGUCGGCCGGCACAGCUCUAUGACCUGGGCUGGUACCGCCCGUCGGGCCAGAUGUACUCCACCGCAGCCGACCUGGCCAAACUGGCCAUAGCGCUCCUGGGCGGCGGGCCCACGCGGCUCCUGCAACCCGAUGUGGCCAAGACGCUGCUGGCGCCGCUGCUGGCGUGCCCGAGCCCCUACUUCGCCAAUGAGACGGGCACGCCCUGGGAGUUCCACAUGCAGCGAGGCUACCGUGUGGUGCGUAAAGACGGCGAUCUGGACGGCUACGCUGCCACCUUCUCGCUCGUGCCCCUGCUGCACCUGGGCUUCGUGCUGUUGCUGGCAGGACCGCGGCCGCCGGGACCCGACCUGGUGACCCAGGCCUACGACGUGCUCUUGCCAGCCAUGGAGUCGGCGCUGCGGGAGGCUGAGCACAGCCCUGCCCCGCCGCCCAGCGCGCGCCCUUUCGCCGGCUACUUCACCUUUGCCAACUUAACCUUCUACGAGGUGCGCGCGGGAUCCAUGGGAGAGCUGCGCCUGCGCCAGUUCGGGCCCCGCGUGGAGGUGCUGGUGCCACCCGAGUUCCGCACGCUGACACUACGCCACGUGCGCGGCCGAGUCUUCCAGCUGCAUGUGGCCCGCGAGUUUCCGUGCGCGCUGCCGCUUGGCGACGCGUGGCUCUCCCUGGAGGCCCAGCAUGGGCAGCUGGUCAACUUCUAUCCUCUGGACGGGCACGGGUUGUCUCCCGGCUUCGAUGUGCCAGGCCUCAACACGUACCGGGUGCUGCGGCUGCAGCAGAAGCCCGUCUUCAAGGCCCAGUGA